AUGUUGAAGCAUCUGUUGAUGAUUCCCACACUGGCCAUGCACUUGAGCGGUGAGUUUUGGAAAUUUUGUUUAGUUUUGAGUGAAAGAGAAAUAUUGAGGGACUUCAGAUGUAUUAAUUUAACUUGAUAAAAACUGGAUUGCAAAUUGUCUAUAAAGCAAUGCAAAGAAUUUUUGGCUUGUAUUUUGCAGAAGCGAUAGAAAAUUUUUAGUCGAAAGUUUAGUAUUGGCGAAAAUUUGGCCAUUUUUUCCGCAGUUAUCUACAAAAAAAUUGGCUCUAUUUAUACGUCCAUGACAGGACUAGUUUUCUACUAUGUUUAAAUUUCUUCUAUGAGAAGAAUCGAAAUAGAAUGAAUUUAAAAAAAAAUCUUUUUUUUGCCUAUCCGCUCUCAUUGUUUUGCCUGUUUUCGGGCGAUGAAUAUCUCAAUGACUCAUGUAUUAUGAACGCUGAAAUUUUCUGGAAUUUACAUUCGGUAUAAGCAUAUCACAAGCGCCAAAUUAAAAGGAAUUCUUGGCUAUGAUAUUCGGCUUGUUCGCGCGUUCUUUCUGUAUGCUAUGAGCGUUGGCUGGGCCAAUUUUUGCUUCUAGUACGAGCUGACAAGGCCCUUGUAGUCCAUAUUGUUUGAGAUGGCAUAGCCUAAAGAACAAAAACUUCCAAAACAAAGGCUUUUUCACGGUUCUACACUCAACUUCUUUGGCUGUUUGACCGCUCAAAAGACAGCGGAAAACUCAAAGCUCACUCCGAAAAAAAUUUUUUUGUCCAAACAAAAAGUCAUCACUAUCUAUGCAUAGCAAAAGAUCUGACAUGAUGCAACAUUGAUCCCAGGCAAACUUAUUACAUAUUCAAAUUCUUUAGCGGGCCCCUCAGAGCUGCUGGAUCAUGUCCUGAACAAGUACGACAAACGGGUACGCCCUUUCAUUGACGAUGGGAAACCGGUGGAAGUGCAGAUGACUAUUGUCUUGGCCAUUCUUACUGAGCUUGUACGUCAAUAAAAUCACCUUAAAAAUUAGUGUAAUGCCUUUUUAGGAAGAGAAUAAUCAAGUGGCCUCCUUUGUCAUAUCACAUGUCCAAAAAUGGGUGGAUCCGAAUUUGGUUUGGGAUCCGGCGGAAUACAAUGGAAUUGAUCAGCUGACAGUGCCUCAAAGUCUGGUUUGGGUUCCGAAAAUGUUCAUAUAUAACAGGUAAAAAAAUUAAAAAAAAAAUAAAAAAAAAAGAAAAUUAUUUUUAUUUUUAUUUAAUUUUUUUUUUAUUUUUAUUUUAAAAAAAAAUUAUUUUCAUUUAAAAAAAAAAUUUUUUUUGAUUUUUAUUUAAAUUUUUUUUUAUUUUUAUUAAAUUUUUUUUUUAUUUAUCAUCUUUCCAAUCAAAAACAUUCAGUAUGGACACAAAGGACAUGCUGACCGAAAACCGCUACGAUAUUCGCCUCAAGCACGAUGGAAACAUCAAGGUGAACAUACCACAAUAUGUUACGUGUAUCUGUAAACUUCAAAUUGAUGUGAGUUUUUCGCCUCUGAUGUCAUGGAUAAUAUAUUUUGAUAAUUUCGUUUUAGUUAUUCCCAUUUGACACUCAAUUCUGCGCCAUUGCUCAAGCCUCCCCCUUGUUGAAUAUAAAUGAAAUGGUCGUCAACGCCACGCAACCCCCCAAGGACGCGUAUUUUUCGGUGGGUUGGAGGUGUGGGAGGGACCGCACAGUGCAAUUGAAAUUUAGUGUUGCACAGUGCGAUAAAAUUAUCGCUUUUUUAUUGCACAGUGCAAAAAACGAAAAUUUUUGCUGCACUGUGCGAUGUGAAAGAAAAAUUUUUUGCACUGUGCAGAAAAAAUGAAAACCCAAUUUUGCACAGUGCGAUUGAAAUUGAAAUUUAGUGUUGCACAGUGCAAAAAAAAAAUGAAAAUUUCGCUGCACAGUGCGAUGAAAAACAACUUUUUUGCACUGUGCAGCAAAAUGAAAACCCAAUUUUGCACUGUGCGGUGGAAAUUGAAAGUUAAUGUCGCACGGUGCGAUAAAAAUAUCGUUUUUUAUUGCACAGUGCAAAAAAAUGAAAAUUUCGCUGCACAGUGCGAUGAAAAACUAAAUCUUUUUUGCACUGUGCGGUAGGAAGUGAAAUUUAAUUUUGCACUGUGCGAUGGAAAUUUUGAUUUGAUGUUGCAUAGUGCGGUAUAAAUAAAGUUUUUUAUUGCGCAGUGCAAAAAAUGAAAAUUUCGCUGCACAGUGCGAUGAGAAAGAAAAAAUUUUUUUGCACUGUGCAGUAAAAAUGAAAACUCAAUUUUGCACUGUGCGGAAGGAAGUGAGAUUUAAUUUUGCACUGUGCAAAAACCCGAUGCAUCGCGACAAAUCAUUGCACAGUGCAAGAAUUAAAAUUUCAAUGCACAGUGUGGUGGGAAUUUAGGUUUGAUGUUUGCUGCACUGUGCAGGGCAAAUAAAAGCAGAUUUUGCAUCGGGCAAUGGAAAAUCCAGCCGUAUUUAUUUGCUUAGUGCAAAAUUUCGGACAAGAUCGUACUGCACAGUGCAGGAAAGUUUGAAAAUUUUUAUUGCACUGUGCAAAAUUUCAGAAUUUCCAUUGCACUGUGCAAAAAAUCGAAAUUGUUUUUUACCGUACAAAUUUUAAAAAAAGAUCAAAUUUAGUUGUUCUGUUCAAAAUUUCCAAUUUUUCAAGAGCCUGUAAUACCCGCAACUUUUUUAUUUCAAAAUUUUCAGGGUAACGCGGAAUGGGAAGUGAUCAACGUAACGGUCCGGCAUAUGAAAUUCAUGGAAGACGGGGAAUACCGCGUCGAGGUCCAUUACAUUCUCCAUCUGCAUCGUCGGCCCAUCUAUUACAUCACGGUGAUUGUGGCGCCGACCUUUCUGAUCUCCGCUCUCUCCAUUCUCGGCAUCUUUUCGCCGGGCGACAGCGACGGGCCUCGUGGGGAGAAGGUGUCGCUGGGAUUGGGAUCGUUGCUGGCGAUGGUCGUUCUCCUCGACAUUGUGGCCAACGCGAUGCCGAAAAGCAAUUCCAUCCCGUUGUUGGGCUACUACAUCAUCGCGGUGAUCUUGUUGUGCGCGCUGGGCGUGGGGAUCAGCAUGGCGAUGCUGGGGAUUAGCAGGCAAAUGAUUGAGAGCGACAAUAUGCCCUCGCAGAUGGCCUAUUCCAUGGUGUUUAUGAAGCGGCCCAAGCAUUUCAUGGACUUUUGGGAACGGAUGAGCAAUCUGGACAUGAUGGAGGAGGAAAUUCAUGUCGCGCCGUGAGUAAUGCUGAUAAACUUUUUUGCUUUAUUGUAAAAUAUGUACGAAUCUUCAAAAAGAAUUUGUCGUCAGAAAAAAAAAACAAAUUCAAUAACAUUUUUUUUGAAAAAGUUUGAUUUUUGAAUCUGGUAAAACUUUGUCUAAAUUUACGGCAAAUUUCCUAAAGAUAUAUGCCAAUUUCCAAGCUUUCAGUUAAAAAAAAUCAUCUAGAUUCCAGAAAAGUUAUAUGCAAAACCUUUGUUUUAUAUCCACUCUCAUCAUUUUGCCUAGUCUCUCAGAAAAAAAGAAAAAAGAGUGUUCAAUUUCUCAGCCUUCCUUGCAAAGCUCGAGCUGAUUUUUUUAUGGAUUAUUAUAUUGAUUUUUUAAUGAAAUAUGCAGAAUUUGAAGAGAGUCAUAAUUUGAGCUAAAAAUCAAUCUUUCGAAGCAACUUUUUUACUUCCUUUCAGUCUUUAAAAAGCCCCGGAAACUCAAAAAAAAAAUCUUAAAAAAUAAAAAACUUCCAGUUCCGUCAUUAUGACGGCCCAAAAAUUUGUGACAUUUCUCUUAUUGUCGCUUGUUUUCAAAAAGUUAUUUCUACUUCCUUCUUUGAAAAUAGGUCAAUUUUUUUUUAUCAAAAUUUUUUUUCAGGCCAAAGUUCCCAGAUCUUGUUGGACUAUUUUCGAGGGUUCAAGAAAUCGCUGAUGCACAAAUCGCGUUUCGAAAGAAGAUCGAAAAACAGAAAUGGCUGGCUUCGGUGAGUCUUGGAAAAGGUUUGCACAAAAAUAUUGAAUUUUUGAGAUUUUUUAAGUUCAAAAAAAUCAAAAAAUUUGUUUUAAUUUUGAUUUUUUUUAAUUUUUCACUUCAUUUUUACUUUCAAAAAAAAAUAAAAAAUUUUAAAAGUAUAUUCGUUCAAAAAAAUUUUUCUUUUUUCUUUUCAUCAAAAUUUUUUACAUCUAUUUUCAGGUCGAAAAAGAGUGGAAUCGAAUAUUUGCCAGAUACGAUUACCUAUUUCUAAGCAUUUUCCAAAUCCUCAAUUUGGUAGUUUUACUUCUUUUCCUUCGGUUUUCAUGGCUGCCAAUCCCCCAACUCCCGGUCGAUUUCUCGGUCUAA